UGUCGGCAUUGAUACAAUUGCGACACAUUUCUAAGUUCGUAAAGUUCAAGGGACCGCAGUGCAAUUUAUCACAACAUUUUCCCGCGCUUUAUCGAUCUCCGAAAGCACUCCCAUCGAUCCUCAGUCACCACCUCUGCGAAUGAAAAUGGAGUUUUGGGUUCCCCUAUUCAAGAUUUUCUUGAACUCUACAUGCCCAGAAGCCGACGCCUCUCUUUGGCUACAACAAUCUUUCGAUCCCGCCUCUUCAUCCAUUUCAACAACUUCUUUCAUUUCACUACUCACAAAGGCAAUUGACAUCGAUCUCACAGACCCUUCCUCUCCAUCGUCACCCCCAUCUAACCACAGGAAAAGGGUUAUGUGGAUACGGACGCUGCCCAAUGCAGUUCAAGCUCGCAUACUGUCGUUUCUUUUAUAUGAUAGCAGGAUGUUUUUUAAAAGAGACUUGUGUAAGCUUGCUGAGAUGAUCUUGAACGAGGGAAAGGAGCUUGAUUUUUGGGUACAGAGGGCUGCACAGCAGUUGUUUGAUGUAGUGUCAGAACCAAAAUGUGAGGGGGUUUCUUGCUUACACUUGGAUGCUGAAGAAGAGAAAAUGGAGGAUGAAUUUGGGUCUUUGCCGGAUUGGCUUAAAGAUGCAGCUAGUAAGAAUAAUUUAGUGCUUCCUUGGCUGCCUAUGUCACUAAGCAAACCCAUUUCUGGAAUGCAACUCAGUAGUUAUGGUGAAAAUGAUGAUUUGUUGGUUGGAGUUGAAGAGAAUAAAGAAGAAGAUUUAGAUGAAAGAAUGGAAGAAGUUGGUGCAGGUUUUUCUGAAGAUGGUUAUUCUUUAGACCCUGGAGUUGAAAAAAUGGCAGCUUGCCUGAAAGUCAGGAUACUAAACUUUGAAUCUACAGUUAAAACCAUAGAAUUAGCCAGGGAAGUUCAACAGCUUUGCAGGGGAGGGAAUGCUUUGGCAUUAUUCCAUAUAACUGAACCAUGGGAAGCAGAUGAUGAGACUGCUUCAAUUUUAAUUUCUCACCUGGUGGAUGGGGAGGAGGAUGAGCUUGGUUGGCCAAGUUAUGUUCUUUGCUCAAUUGUUCUUCCCAAACUUUUAAGUCUCCUAGAACCUGCUUCUCGGGUGCUAAUGACAGCAAUAGUGGAAUACUGCAAGGUUCAUCAGAAGGCUGCUGAGUAUGCUCUGUUGUCUCCAUUGAUACUAAAAGUUGGAGGCAUAAACAACCCCAUUUGUGAUGUCAUUACAAGGAUUAUGAAAGAAUGCUUGCACCCUGGCCACGCUUCUGCCCUCGUUCAGAGACUUCUAUGUGAACAGAAAGAUGCACCUAAGUUUUUCUGCCUUCCUUGUCACCGAUAUUUGAUUGGCAAAGAAUUGGUAUGGACAGAGUCAUUAUUUGUCUUGAUGCAAAAUAUCUUGAAUUAUAAUAUCCAUUUGACUCAAGACUCGGUCGAUCAACUUGUUCAUUGGUCUUGCAAGUCCACGGAAAAGUUUUCAAAGUCUUUGAAAUUUUGCAACUUCUUAUUAUGUUUUGUGAACAAGUGUGCACCUUUGUUGAAGUCACAAAAACUAGCACUGACUGAUGCUGUUCGACACACAAGUACACUUGUAACCAAAUCUAUACUAUCAAAGCUAUCUAGCUUGUGAGUGAUGAUGAGUUUCUAAACAUUUCUAACUACAAGCUUUAGUCACUCAGGAUAGAAUCUGGAAAUAGAUUUGCCUAUUAUGUUGUUUGAACUAGUCUUCAUCAUCUUGGCUGCGAAUAUUCCUUGAUGCUGGUAAAUAGUUUUUCUUCUUUACAAACUCCUAUAUAAUUUCUGAAUUAAUUCCAUUUCUACAUCUG